CCUGAACGCACCGUUAAAACGAAGUGAAACCGAUACGUUAGCCUGCAGUAGCUCCCCCUCAGUGCUCCCUCCACCAAACUGAGAAGUUACGAGAUCCAACCGGCAUCUUCUUUCCAGAAGCUCCGCACAGACCGAGGACAACCUCGUGUCUGUAAUCCGGCAGGACGACAUUAGAGCUCAGAGUAAUGUUAGCGUUAGCUGGGCUAACUGGGAAAAAGUGUAGUCGCUUUCAAACCAAACUGCAGAGUAGGAAUCCCCACUGUCAGAUCAACCAGCCGGAACAGUUUUAAAGUCUAGAAAUGCCUCAGAAACAGAAACCCAAGUCUUGGACAGAACUAAAGCAAGCAGGAAAUGAAUGUUUCAAGACGGGCCAGUAUGGAGACGCCACCAGCCUGUACAGCCAGGCCAUCAAGGAACUAGAGAAGUCCAAUAAAAAGAACCCUGAAGAUUUGGCCAUCCUGUACUCCAACCGAGCCGCCAGCUACCUGAAGGACGGGAACUGCUCAGAAUGUGUCAAAGACUGCGAUACGUCUCUGGAGUUGUUCCCGUUCAACGUGAAGUCUCUGCUCCGACGCGCUGCUGCCUACGAAGCCUUGGAGCGCUACAGACACGCUUACAUCGACUACAAAACCGCCCUGCAGAUCGACUGCAACAUAGCAGCAGCUCAUGACGGCACCAACAGAAUGACUAAAGCGCUAACAGAGGCAGACGGCCCGUCGUGGAGGGAGAAACUUCCUCCCAUCCCCACCGUUCCUCUGUCGGUGAGGGAAAAGCUCGCCCAGCAGGCUGCAGGCAGCGGUCCGAAGGCGAACCCGGCGCCGCAGCACAACGGCAUCAAGAAAACAGACAAACCCGCACCAAGUGACAAAGAUAUGAAAAAAGCGCAGGCUCUGAAGGAAGAAGGCAACAGUCUGGUGAAGAAAGGGGAGCAUAAGAAGGCCAUAGAGAAGUACAGCCAGAGCCUGAAACUCAACCCCAACGAGAUCACAACCUACACCAACCGGGCGCUGUGCUACCUGUCGGUGAAGCAGUACAGAGACGCCGUCAGGGACUGCAGCGAGGCGCUCAGGAUGGACGGCGGCAACGUGAAGGCGCUCUACCGGAGAGCGCAGGCUCACAAGGAGCUCAAGGACCUGAAGGCCUGUGUGGACGACCUGAAUGUCCUCCUGAAGGUGGAGCCAAAGAACUCGGCCGCUCUGAAGCUGCUGCAGGAGGCGCAGAAGAAGUGAGACGGUGCCGGGAUCCGGGCGUCUGAGUCAGAACGCUUCAGUUUGACCCGACCGAUCUACAGCUAUUCAGUUUUUACAGUCAGCCCCUCUGAUUCAGUAUUUAUGUUUAUUUAUAUCAGCUGCAGUUAUUCCCUCAUGUUUCCAGCCUGUAUGUUUAUCAUCUAUAACCAUAAAGUUCAGCCAUGAGCGAAUAUUCAUCUACAAUCCACCGCAGAGACAAAACAUCUUUUUAUUUGGCAGCUAAUGAGCAAAAAGUUUUUCCAUUCCUUUUUAAUCAGUUUAUUUCCAAACCUGUUAAUAAAAUACUCCAAACACUCAGUUCUGGUACCAAAUGGCAUGAAACCGGUUCCUCUGGGUGUUUCACUGUUUCUGUCUGUGGGUGGAUCAGACACGAUGAGUCAGCAGAAAUUAUGGACUCAGAUGUAAAUGUUCAUGACGAUUAUAAAAGCUGAGCCAACAGUAAUGCAGAUUGGACAUAAAGUCUCCAGGAAUUGUGUUUUUUCAGAUCAGGGAUCUUGAUCAGCUGUGACUCUGAUCUGAAGUUGUUUCUCCGUCUGAAUGUUUCCUCUGAUCCUGAAAAGAAAUGCAGUGAAAAAAAGCCACAUGGUCUCAUACUUUAUGCAUUUAUGCCUCUUACAUUAUGAGUAACUUUUCAGUAAAUAUUCAUCAGGAGGAAACAAACUCAGACGCUGUGAUUGGGAGUGCACCGACUUCACUUUUCUAGACGGUCACCGAUUUUUCAAAACUCUGACUUGCAGAUUCCGAUUUUGGCCGACAUCAAUUUUUUUUUCUAAAUAUAUCAACGUAGUUGCUAAGUUUGCAGCAGUGACUGUUAACAUGCAGACGUGACCUGGUGUCAGCAAAGCUGAAGGCGACAGCGGCUGAUUUCCAGACCUCAGGUAAAAUGUCGGUGGAUCAGAUUGAUUUGUCGGUUCAUCCCUGAGGAUUCCUGAAUUAGCACAUGAAGUCGACUUUACCUGCUUCAGAAUAAAAAACAAUCCUGAUGAAACUGAUUGACCUCAAAAUAAGGAAAAUCCCUCAGACUGAAGCGUCUGCUGAGGAUUGAAAUAUUGUAGAAAGUACCUCAGAGCUGCAGAAGGCUGUCCGGUUGAAAGAUGAAACCUGUAAACGGGAUUUCCCUGAACCCCAAAGAUAAAUACAGAUUUUAAACUAUAAAGUUUUAGGAGAAAACGGGAAAGAAAAUGAAUCCGCUUGGCUGGAGAAGCGAUUCCUGAGUAUCAGAUCUAUAUGAAUAAAAUAAAUAAAUCGGAUUAGCUGUGAUGAUGAUGAUGAUGAAACUUCAUGAUCUUUUUCAUGUUUUGCUCUGAGGUUAUUUUAUUUUAUUUCUUUACUUUUGGUCUCCGGUUUUUGACCGCUUAUCAUGGGAGGGUGUUGAUCUUUCAACAUUUAAGAAGUUCCUCAUUUAUUGCAGUUUUUGUAAUGUUUGAUAAAACAUUGUUCUGAACUAUAUCAUCACAUUUGUUUGCUUGUGUAAGAUCGCUUAAUUUCUCCUCUGAACGAUCGGGACCUUUAAUAAAAAACUCUCUUCCUGCCAUUUUGUUUUCCUGUUUUUUCACUGCGAUGUGAACAUUAGAAAUGUUUUCCUUUCCAUCCAUCUUGCCUGAAGUGCCUGCCUUUGUCAUUCAUCUGCUGCUUUGGAUUAGUGUAUGCAAAAUAAAAAGGAUUUUAAAAGAUAA